UGUCCGGGUCCCAAAUGAUAUAAAUAGACCAUCUUUACACUCCAGCUUCAGUCAGUGAAACAAGCGUCUGAUCAACCAUGAAUACCAGAAGCAUCUCGGUGAUUUUGGUUGCCUGCAUUGUUGGGGCUCUUCUAAUUGAAAGCACUGAAGCUUGGGGUAAACAAUGUCGAUGCGCCAAGUUUUGUUUCAAAUGGGAGAAAAUGAGGGGUUGGUGUGGAAAGAAAUGGCCAAGAAGGGUGGUCUGCUGUAGGAGAUGGGGAUAUGGAGGAUACGGCGGCGGAUACGGCGGUGGAUACGGAGGCUACGGCGGCUACGGAGGUUAUGGCGGCUACGGAGGCUAUGGAGGCUAUGGAGGUUAUGGAGGUUAUGGCGGCUACGGAGGCUAUGGAGGUUAUGGAGGUUAUGGUGGCUACGGAGGCUAUGGUGGUUAUGGAGGCUACGGAGGCUACGGCUACGGAGGCUACGGAGGCUAUGGAGGUUAUGGCGGCUACGGAGGUUAUGGUGGCAAGAAAGGCUAAGCGAAUGUCCCAAGAACGACUCUUCAAACUGAUAAAUGACGACCGCAUACGUUUAAAUCAUUAGAAUCGACGAAUAUUUACAUGUAAAUGUUUUCCAUACAGUAAUAAAAGUUCUGUAUUCUAGCGUGAAAUGCUGUUUUUGUUUUCAUUUUAAUGCAAAUGAGCUGUGAAACAUGUGUCAUAGAUUUUAAUUCGUUCUUCUUAAACUAUAAACUUAAUUAAACUGAGAGAGUUUCAGCACAAUCAAUUCUGUAAAGAAAACAUAUUGUUACAAAUUCUGAUAUUGAUGGAUUAUUAUAUAAUUAUGAUAAACCAAUAUACAAAACCAAAUUCAUUAUACGCAUAAACACAUGAUAAAGGACUUUAUUGUAAACCUAUAUAUAAUUUGUUAAAAAUACGGAUUGUAUUUCACAUGUAAAUACGAACAGGCAGGAACAAAUCCGUAUCGUACCUUUUGUAUUUUAUCUUACCGUACAUUUCAUGUAAUAGGCAUGACCUGACACAAUACCAUAAAUAAAACAAAAAAACUCCA